UGAAAAUUGGGAAGCUGGUGAAGGCGAUGAAGAUUUUACAACAACGACAACACCCAAAUGGAAUCAUCCGUUUCCUUCUCCCCCUCGUUAACCGAAACCACCUCCUCCCACCCACUUUCUCUCCCUUCAUUUCCUCCCACCACCUUCCUUCUCCACUCCUCUUGAAGCGUCCCACCGAUCCCCGAUCAGAUCGCUACUCCUCUCUCCGCCGCGGUUUCCGGAUCCGUCGCCCGCUUCAGAUCGAUCCGAGAUUCGAUCGGGGCUCUGAGUGAGUGAGUUUCUUGAAUUUGCGUUGAACUCGAGGAUGCGGGAUUGAGCCGCUUUAUCUGAGCCCCUUCGAUUUCUUGAUUAAUCAGGAACUAAGAGACUUGCUUCGCAGGAAAAAUGUUCGGAGGUGAUCCCAACAAUUGUGGGUUUCCAGUGUUCCUUGGAGAUAAUGGGUUUCAAUAUGAUACUAAUGCAUUGCCUCAGCUGCAGUUAUUUGGAGAUUAUCCAGUUGGAAAUAGUAUCAGUCCAUUAAACUACACCAGAAAGGAUCACACUACCAAUAUGGAUCGAUCAACUAAAAGAUUUAGGGAAGCUGAAUCUUUUUCCAGAGAGCAAAAGCAUCUGAUAACCCUCAGUGAUAAAAUCUAUCCAGAUGAAGCAGGUCAUUCUGGGAGCAUUUUCAAUCCCAAUCCUGUGUCAACUGGUUUGAAACUUUCAUAUGAAGAGGAUGAACAUAACUCCUCUGUAACAUCUGCAAGUGAAAGCAUGACAGCUGCACUGCCUCUGAUUCUGUCGCUUGGCGAUAAUUUCAAGGUGGAGUUUGAGCGACAGAAAGAAGAAUUUGAUCACUAUACCAGAAUACAGGAAGAAAACAUUACGAAGGGUGUAAGAGAACUAAGGCAAAGACAUACAGCUGCUUUUCUGAGUGCUGUAGAGAAAGGAGUAGGCAAGAAGUUACACGAGAAGGACCUUGAACUAGAAAACAUGAACCGCAAGAACAAGGAACUAGAGGAAAGAAUUAAGCAGGUGACAGCAGAAGUUCAAUCCUGGCACUACCGAGCUAAAUACAACGAGUCUGUUGUGAAUGUACUGAAGAGCAAUUUACAGCAAGUCAUGGCUCAAGGCGCCAUGCAAGGGAAGGAAGGCUGCGGGGACAGUGAGGUGGAUGAUGCAGCCUCUUACACGAACCAGAACCAUCUCAGCUUGGUGGACGGUUUGAGGACAUCAGGAGUCAUGAGGAACCAGAUGACCUGCAAAUCAUGUAAGAUUAAAGAAGUCUCCAUCUUGUUGUUGCCUUGCAAACAUUUGUGUCUAUGUAAAGAUUGUGCAGCGUUUACUGAUGUGUGCCCCCUCUGCAAUAUGAUGAGAACUGGCCUAGUUCAAGUGUACAUGUGUUGAGAUUUUCCCUUGGUUUGUGCAAGGCAUAGAUAAGCACUUGCUGUUGUCAAAAUGGUGAUAUUUACUGGGUGAAUUAUUAUGAUAUGGAAAGUGGAUUGCCCCUCUUUAUAAUCAA